AUGGCGAGCUCAUGGGCCGUCUGCCACCAAUGCGCCCAGCUCGUGUCAGGAGUGCCAGCGCAUAUCCUACUAGCGGCGCUCUCAGCGACAGCUAUAGGACUGUUUGUCCUGUUCUUUCUCUUUCUAUCCUUCGUCGCUCCCGUUCCACGAAAACCCCUGCCAGAGGAGGAAAAGUACACGACCCUCGCGAAAGAUGGAGCUGUCACCGAACCACAAUCGCUACCAUGCUGGGUCAAAGCUCUAGACGCCGAGAAACAGAAGCACCCGCAAGCCAACCCCAUCGCGAUGGAACCCGCCGAGCUGUUCGUGUCGGUGGUGGUCCCGGCUUACAACGAGGAAGAUCGCCUGACGGGCAUGCUCGAAGAGGCUGUAGAUUACCUAGAACGCAUGUACGGGAAGCUAGCCGGUGAAGGAGACAGCAGCGCGGGCGCUGUAGCAACGCGAUCGAUGCGAAAACGCAAGUCGAACGGACAUGCCCCAAACGGUCACGCCACGGGCUCGGCGGCGGAUCGGGGCUGGGAGAUCUUGAUUGUCUCCGACGGGUCUACGGAUCAUACGGAGGAGGUGGCCUUUGGGUUCGCGCGCGACCAUCAAUUAUCACUGCAUCCCAAGGGCUACGCGGGGCCGUGGACUCCCCAGGCGCGCGAGGGCGUCCCAAUCCCUCCUGGAACCAUUCGCAUGGUCAAUCUAACGCAUAAUCGGGGCAAGGGCGGCGCCGUCACGCAUGGAAUGCGGCAUGUUCGGGGCCGGUACGUCGUGUUUGCCGAUGCGGAUGGGGCUAGCAAGUUCACCGAUCUUGGGAAGCUCGUCACGGCUUGCCAGGAGAUCGAGGAUACAGAGGGCCGUGGCGUGGCUGUCGGAUCGCGGGCGCACAUGGUGGGCAGCGAGGCAGUGGUGAAGCGUUCCAAGCUUCGCAAUUUCCUCAUGCAUUCCUUCCAUCUGAUCCUGUGGCUUAUGACGCCGCCUCGGACAGCCAUGAUCAAGGACACGCAGUGCGGGUUCAAGCUGUUCUCGCGGCCCGCGCUGCCAUAUAUCGUGCCAUAUAUGCACUCCGAAGGCUGGAUCUUCGAUGUGGAGAUGCUGAUGCUGGCCGAGUUUGCGCACAUUCCGGUGGCCGAGGUGCCCGUAGGUUGGCGAGAGGUCAAGGGGAGCAAGUUGAAUGUGCUGUGGGACAGCGUCGGCAUGGCCUGGGGAUUGGCCGUGCUGCGGGCAGCGUGGUCUCUUGGCGUCUACAAGACUUGA